AUGGCAAGUACAGGGAAGGCAGAGAUACCCCCCGAAGAUCGCAUUGCGGUUCGAGACAAAUGCGUGGUCUCGCUGGGAAACAUGGUCGAGGUGAUGGUGAACUGGGUGAUCAUGGGCAAGCUCUGGCUCCUGGUCUUCAACAUCGGCUUCGGGCUGUCCCCGGCUAUCCUGGGUUGGCUGCUUCUGGGCUUCAAAACUUGGGAUGCCGCCGUCGAUCCAAUUAUCGGCAAUCUCUCCGACAACACGCGGACGCGGUGGGGACGGCGCAGGCCAUACAUCGUGGUCUUUGCCAUCAUAACCGGCCUGGUUUCGCCCAUGCUCUGGUUCAUGGGCUCGGACUGGAGUGAGUUUGCGCAAUACGCCUGGAUCGUUGUCUUCGGCCUCUUGCUCUACACUAGCUUCUCGCUUUGGGGCAUGCCCUAUUACAGCUUCAUGCUGGAGUUGACGCCGAACUAUGAUGAGCGCACUCGCCUCUGUGCUUACAGAACCUUCUUCAGCAAGCUGACGAUACCGGUUGGUGGUCUGAGCGUGUUCCUCGUCUCGCUGCCAUUCUUUGGAGAAAAUGGAGAGUCGGACGUGGUGAAUGGCGUGCGACACAUCAGUGUGCUGAUGGCGAUCCUCAUCAUCGUUUUCGGCACACUGCCCGGCGUUUUCGUGAAGGAGCGCUAUUACGAGAAAGCCUCCAGCAAGGCUGAGAAGGAAUCGCUACUGAAGAGCCUCAGGAAGACAUUCUCCUGCAAGCCGCUGUGGCUACUCUGCGGCAUGGUCUUCUUCAACAUCCUGGGCACGGUCUCUAUUGUUAAUCUGGGCACCUAUCUGAAUCUCUAUCUCAUCAACGAUGGCCAGCUCUUUGACGCGUCCAAGAUAGAACUUUGGAAGGACGUCACCAUGAUGGCUGUCGGCAUUGCCGCCCUGCCUGCCUGGGUCUGGCUCAGCGAGAAAUCCGACAAAAAGCUGUCGAUGGCGAUCGUUCUGUUAUCUGCCUUUGUCGGACAGUGGAUGGCGUAUUACUGCAUCAACCCGGAGUAUCCAUAUCUACAGCUGAUACCAGCUGCUUUUGGCUCGGCAAUCACCGGGUCCCUGUGGUUGAUUGUCCCUUCUAUGACAGCGGAUAUUGCUGACUAUGAUGAGAAGCAUACGGGGCUGCGUCGAGAAGGCAGCCUCAAUGCCGUUUUCUCGUUGAGUGUUCAUGUCGCAUUUGCCCUCGGUGCAGGCCUGUCAGGAGUCCUGAUUGACAUGACCGGCUUCGAUGUGGACUUGGGUAAGGAGCAACCAGCAGAGGUACUCGAUGCCAUGUUCAACACCUACAUCUGGUUCCCCAUUGUCAUCUGGAUCAUCAGCCUCGUGUUCCUGGCCUUGUACCAACUGGACAGGAACAAGUUGAAGGACAUUCGUGCAGAGCUCGAGGCGCGCCGAGGAAAGCUCUAG